AUGAGGCCGAGCAGUUCGAUAUGCCUCCAGCUUGCCAUCGGGCUUGCGAUCGCAGCAGCAUUACCGUGUCUCGUAGAAAACCCGCUGCUGGGUCUCGUGCUCUCUGGCGCCCUCAACGUAGCCCUGUUGCUCCGAGUGCGGCAGCUCGAGCUCAAGUUGGCGACGUUGGAGAGAAGCACACCAGCCUGCGCGAGCCAAACACCAGAUACUGCGUUGCGCGUGCAGCACCAACAGUCUCUGGCGGUACCACUGCCGCGCCUGAAUGCCGUGGAGGCGCAGAGGCUUGCCAGGGGCGAGACAGUGCUCAAGUCGAUUGGCCAGGGCGGCGACGGGAAGGAGGGUCUCGCGGCCGUGAUGAUCGAGGCUCCGGCGGAGCUGGUGUGGGCGACGCUGCUCGACUUCGGCUCCUGGCCGUCCAUGGUGGACAACGUCACUGCCGCCGACGUGUACGAGAACUCGGGCGCCGACAUCAAGGUCCGCGUGGUGAUCGGGGUCGGCCUUCUGAAGAUCACGUCUCACGUGCACCACGUGCUCGAUCGGCUCCACAACCAGCUCACGUGGACCCUCGACCCUUCGAAGCCCUCCGACCUCGUCCAGAACACCGGCCACUGGCUGCUUCGCGAGGAGCCCGCGAGGCCAAACUCAACGGCCGCGCGAGUCUCGCUGAGCGCGUGGGCGCCCGCGUGGCUGGGCAGGUUCAUCGCGGCGCAGGGGCUGCCGCGGGCCACCGCGUGGCUCAAGCGCGAGUCGGAGCGGCGCUUCGCGGCGGGAGGCGCGUGGCGCGGCUCUCUUCGGCGCCGCGAGCUUGCGGCCGAGAGCCAGCAGGCGCCCGAGGCGGACGGAGUGGCGCAGGCGAUCGACUUUGGAGGAGGAGGUUCGGCGGUGCAGCAGGCGGACGGGCAGCUCGCUCCGCAGCACGGCCUUCGCCCACGGCGGCUGCCGCGUGUGGCGAGCGACGCCGACCUGCUCGCGUCCGCAUCGAGCCGGUCCCGCUUGAUGUACCGCCACAAGGCCUCCGCCUUCCGGCACCGCAUGCGGCACUUUUAG